AGAGGGCGACAGUGGUUCAAAUCGCCAUGUUUGUUACCCGAGUUGGUGUUGUGUGAGUGAACCGUGCUGUGGCCCCAAAAAAAGUGUACAAAAAUAGACCGGACUGGUAGCGUUUGUUUAGGAUAAGUUAACACGGAUUGCCUCAUCAGAUUAUGACAUCGUCGCCAUCACAACCAUUUGGAUAUGGCCAACCUACUGGAAGCUCGCUCAUCCCCUUCUUCCCGUCGGUCUCCCAGCAGCAGCAACCGGGGGUGCUGCCUGGUGGCGGGGGUUCCCGGGGGGCGCCCUUUCCGGACAUGUUUGGCGCCGACAAGGCGACCAGCUCGUCAUCCUUUGGGGACCUUGGCCUGCGGGGCACACUCGGGGGUGCACUCUCUCAGUUCCCACCGUCGGUGGCGAGGCCUCCCCCGACGAGUCUGUCGGGUUUCCCGCCCGCAUCCCUGCCGCCACCACAGCAGGCAUCACCAAACAGCCGGACUAUGCUGACAAUCGGGUCGAGAGCGUUGCCCGGACAGCGGCAAGUUGGUCCCGACAUCAACCGGUUAGUUGGAUUGGGAGCACCGCCCAGGACAGGGUACACGGACCAGAGUUCAUUAUGGAGGAACAAUGUCCCAGCAUCGGGGGGUGGCAUAUCAAGCUUCGGCAUGUCGCACAGUUCUCGUAACUUCCCUUCAUCACAGUCACUCAUGGGGAACAGUCUUCAGAGCCAGCUGUUCAACUCUAAUCCAGCAUUGGACCUCUCCGAGUUUCCAUCGUUGACGAACCGGGGCUCCCAAGAGGGGUCAGCGCAGUCGCUGAGCAGCAAUCCCAUGGCGGGGAGGGCGGCGUACGGCAAACUCUUCGGCAUGGUGAAGCAGCCCAACAACGACUCCAACGAGUUCCACAUCCACAACGAGGACUUCCCCGCGUUACCCGGCUCUCAAGGUCAGGAAAACAAUCAGGACAGCUUAAGUAAACAGACGAGUAACGCCAGCAGCGAGUCAUCGAAAGAUGGCAGUGGUUUCUCUAGCGACAAAGUAACGUCGCAGCCGGUCAAGCGGGGCAUCCAGACAUCAAAAGACGGGACGGUAACGAACAUCCCUGCGGGCAUGGUCACGGACCAGUACGGCAUGGUGGGGCUCUUGACGUUCAUCAGAGCGGCGGAGACAGAUCCCAACCUCGUCUCUCUGGCUCUGGGGAGCGACCUCACAACGUUAGGGCUCAACCUCAACUCACCCGAAAACCUUUAUCCCGUGUUCGGAGGUCCCUGGGCAGAACAGCCUUGCAGGCCACAGGACAUCGACUACCAUGUUCCUUCAGAGUACAUCAUCAACCAGAGCAUCCGGGACAAACUAGCGGGCAUCAAGCUGAAUCGAUACGGCGAAGACCUGCUCUUCUUCAUCUUCUACAUGUUCGGGGGUGACUUAUUACAGCUGCUUUCUGCCUCUGAAUUGUACAACCGGGACUGGCGUUUCCACAAAGACGAGCGGGUCUGGAUCACGCGAGCAGGCAUCUCGCCAACGGAAAAGACGUCGACGUACGAGCGUGGGACGUACUUCUUCUUCGACCCAGUGAACUGGCGGAAGGUCGCCAAGGAGUUCCACCUCGACUACGACCGGCUCGAAGACCGGCCGCAGCAGUAUCCGCCCCUCUGAUCAGCCGACUGCACCGCCCCCAGUCACGUCACCCGUGGUGGCAGCCCGUAACGCUCCUGGCGGACCGCGCAGACCAGGGACACAAAAGCCACCAGGAAAGACGGGCCCGACGACGUUGCACGCGGCAGUGAGACAGCGGAUGAACGAACACCGACGCACCGUGUGACUUGUUAGUUUAAGGAAACUAGAAGAAAACGUGCGGAGUUUGUGGAUACGGUUGUCAGACGGCAAGAAGCAGCCCUUGUUUUCGACGGUUCUUCUGUGCAAACGGUUCUCUCGAUGGUCCUCGCUGGGAGCAUUCACGUCAUCCCAGUAGUGCCCACAAGUCAGCCGUUAGAACACUGCGGUGCUGGAUGGUCUACGGAGAACAGAACAUCCAACUGAACCGCACAAGGAUGGAGGUGUCUCCCUCAUCCCCCCAUCUCCUCUCCUCGCAGACUCGGCAGGGUCAGUCGUGCGAUGAGUACGACGCAUCGUUGACUUUUGAUAAAUGUUAUAAAGAUUGCGUUGCGACAGCUUCUCGUUAAGUGUAGAAAGAGCGGUAACGUUUUGGUUUUUCAUUAAGUUCGUGGGCUUUUCUGCCAGCAGCUUCUCUCAUUUGCCUGUAAAAAAGAACACAUUCCUUCACACCAUUUGUGCUGAGAAAAGAGACUGCUUUUUUUUUCUUUUUGCUGGGCCGAACACUCGUGUGUACAGAGCCACUGUUUGCAAGUGUCUUGUGUUGUUGUUUGCUGAAUGAAAGCAUUGUUUCGAGGCAGCUGUGCUGCCCGGAAUGAGAUUCUCGUCCGUCUUGAUUGCACGGUAGACCAAUCGGGAAGGGUUCCAGGUUUGAUUGUAACGCAAAUUGCUCUCAUUUGUUAAGUCUCUGCCCCACAGAAAUAUCGAUUUUAGCAACAAACUAGGAUCUUGUGCACUGCAUCUAAUGUAUAACCAUCCACCAUUACCGAAUAACUUACAUUUGGCCUGCGGUGUUUGGGGUUGUCCAUACUGCCAACGUUGUUCAAAGUUUGAAUGCAUAGAGGCUUCUCUAAUCAGGAAUCACUGGCACACAUCUGAAAGGCACUGGCAGCUGCAAUUCUUGGAUCUUCACCGUGCCAUGUUCAAAUGCCAGUGCUGUAGCUGGUGGGAAAUGUCAGGAAAGCAAAAGAAAAGAAAGAGCUACAAAAUAUACUGCCCUGCAAGCUUGCUUAGUAAGAACACUCACUGCCAUGAGAAUAUGGAAGCGAUUGCUUGUCGUUGGCACCACGAUCUGGAAAGUUCCUAGAAGGUUUUUAUUUUUGUUUGUUUUUUCUUUUUGAUUAUGCUGCUGUGUUUUUGGAACCGAAGCUUUUGUACAACACGCACAUGCACGAGGAAAAUUUACACUGCCGCCUGCAAAUUGCACACACAAACAUGAAAAUGUAAUUCCGAGAGGGAGUGCUUGCAUCCUGCCUGACCCUAAAGACCUGAGGGAGGGAGGGGGUGGAGAAGGGGGGGGGGGGGGGGCAUAACGUCAGGGUUUUAGUAUGCCGACCCGGGGCACCCGAAUUUUGCACACACGAUGGUUGGGUGUUUUGCCUGGGAACGCUGGAUGACUUGAGAGAAACGCGACAGCACAAGGACCGAGUGAACAGUUGCUUGUGACUUGACCCUCAACCCCCCUAUUUUUGGCGCCUUUGGGACAUUGCCUAUAACUACUAGCCAGUGUUUCUUUAAGACUGACGUAAAGAUUACUUUUGUUCUUUGUUAAUAGCUUUAUGUGGUGGAUUACUGUUUUAUUAGACAGGGUCAGUGUUUCUUUCUUUUCAGACGUGUCUUUUUAACAGCGUUUUUUACACAAGAGAAGUGUUCCAUUAGCAAAAUUGCAAAACUGAGAUAUUUGUUUUUUACUCUUUUUAAAUGUACUUAUACAUAAUUUAGGAUACUUUCCCUUUUGCUUUCUCCCUUUUUUUAUUUUAUUAUUCUUUCUUGCUGCGCCUUGUUCGCAUGCAGAGCGAGUGUUCCAAGCACAGCACAGAUUCUUUUGACCCCUUGAAAGGUGUUCUUUAUGAAAGCAUUCAACAAAUCGUGCGGGCUGGUUUUUGAAACGUCUUGUCACAGAGGUCUUGGAUGUUGAGGUUUUUUUUGCUGUGAAGCUAACCGUUUUUUCAAUUGUACACGUGUAAUGUCUACAUCUCGCGUCAGUUUUUCUCUUUCCUUUUUAAUAAUGUCAUUUUGUGUGUUACGAAAGUGAUAUUCGUUUGAGCCAGUGCAAGGCCAUCCUUGUUUGCUCCUCAAGUGAGAUGGCUGUGACACAACUCGGAUCGGAUUGCAGUGGCUUUUGAAAGUGGCGUUAUGGAGGUGUUCUUGUGAGGCUGUCUAUGCAACGAUAGGCCCGUUCACUGUUGAUGCCAAAAAAAAAAAAUACACGAAGGUGGUGUUGUACAGUGGGGAAAGGGGGGAGUGUUUGCGUGUGUUUGGCCACGGUGUGGCCAGGAGUCAUUACGGCAACAGCCAACCUAGUGGUGAGGAAAACGACGGUGCUCCUAAUGUUGAAAGGUAGCUCAUGGGACAAAAACUCAAUGUACAUAAGCCUUCCUUAAUUAUUUUCAAAGUGUACAAAGGAGCGGCCUUGAUACAUAGUUGCUUGUCAAUAAAAGCGAUCUCUAAAGCUGUAA